AUGCAGCCUCCGUUGCCUUCUGCGACGCCAAGCUGGCACAAUGACACUUACGCCGCCAUAUCCCCCAAGCGGCCGGAGCUCAGUGCCUCCGGGAAGGCGGUGGUCAUUACCGGCGCUGGCAGCGGCAUUGGUAGAGAGACGGCUAUUGCAUUUGCAACCGCGGGAGCGGCUCGCAUCGCCCUCCUGGGACGAACCGAAGCCUCGCUAAGGCAAACGGCUGCCGCACUGCCAUCCACCGUCUCGGUAUCCGUCUACGUUGUCGACGUUACAAGCGAAGAGUCUCUCAUCCAGGUGGCCGCCGCCAUUGGCACGUGGGACGUGCUCAUCCUCGGGGCCGGCCACGUCGCCGUGCCCUCGAGCAUUGCGGCCUCCAGCUUUGCAGAGUUCUGGCAGUCAUUCGAGACCAACGCCAAAGGCACCUAUGCAUCACUGCAUGCCUUCCUUCCCACGGCCAAUGCUUCUCAUGCAGCGGUCCUUGCAGUAACCACAGGCACCACUGCCCUCCCAGCGACCAUGGUGCCGGGACUAUCGGCCUACAUGUCGUCGAAGCUCGCCCAGACGAAGCUGAUCGAGUUCCUGGCCGCCGAACAACCUAACCUCUUUGCUGCAACCGUCCACCCGGGCAUGGUUGAGACUGAAGUCUUCAUCAAGAGCGGCGCAAAGGCCGAGAGUCUUCCCAUGGACAAAGUUCAACUUCCUGCGCACUUCAUGGUCUGGCUGGCGAGUCCUGAGGCAGCUUUUCUCAACGGCCGCUCCGUUUGGGCCAAUUGGGACGUGAACGAGCUCAAAGCAAAAACCGAUGCUAUCAAACAGAGCCAGCUGUAUACCGCCGGCAUCAAUGGCUGGCCUUUCACUCCAUAG